AGAACGCCGAGGAAAGAGCAGCUGAGGCUUUCCGCUCAGACUCGGCUUAGACACCAUGAUGGCAUUUCCACCACGGAUCCUGUAUUUAUUGACCGACUCUGGAGAGAGACGACCACGAACAGGUAUGUAAAAGAAAGAGGGGGAAUCGUUGAAGUUAUCAUUUUGAGAGCAGUCCGAUAUUUCUGUUGUGUGUUGUCUCGGUUGCUCCAUCUGACUUGGUGUAUAUUGGUAGAGUUAGAAAACAAGUUACAGCAGAAUAUUGUAAUCUUUUACCAUUGGAUUCUUGAUUUAAAAAAAAAAUGAUGAUCCACUGCUGGCAAAUUUAAAAAUCUAUUCCUAAAUGUGGAUGUUGGAGACACAGCUGAGGGAAAGGCAAAAAAUAAAAUGUCAGGUCUUAAGAGGAUGCAUCUAUUAGGCAGAAAACAGAGUUGUCAAAAAUGACACCAGAAUAGACUUUAUUCUUUUUAUAUCAAAAAUGAAAUGACCUUGGAAUAACAAAAACAUGUUUGUCUUCUAUAAACUGUGAUUGAUGAAUAGUUCCUGUUUUACAUCAGAUAACAAAAGAACCAGACAAGCAACAACAUAAAACUGAAUUAAUCAGACUUCCAUUGAAGGCUGCUGUUGUAGAAAUGUCCUAUAAUGUUUCAAUAUUGUGUUGCGGGCGGGACAUCUUCCUUUUUCUGAUCAGUUAGCACAUAAUCAUAUUUUUUCGUUUUAGUUCCCUUUGACAUAAAAUACCAUGACUCAGUUUUUCCAAUACAUUCUUGUUUUUUUUUUAAAUUUUAGUUUACUAAAAUGUGUCUGUUUGUUUAAUCAGGUGAUGAUUGCUGAUUUCCAACAUCUCUAAGCAAAGUUUUGAUACCAUCAUCAUGGAAUCCUUACCGAAUGUGUCUAAACACAUGAAAGAUAUCAUCCAAUCAGAGGGUCCUAUUCAAGAGGAAGAGGAAGAGUUCGAGAACCCCUUCAGACACACUGGACCCAAUGCCAACUGGGGAACGGAACCUAACUUCAACCUCAACCUCAAUCUGACCUCCCCAAGCAACCCUCGCCCAGUCAUUGACACCUUGAACCUGCAAGGAGGAAACAAAAAGGACAAUGGGAGUAAAGGAGUUGUGAAAGCAGGUUUAAGAGCGGCAGCUACUACAGACACUGGCAAGUCAACGAGCACACUAACAACCCCAGUGAUGUCCCCAGGGGAGAGAGAUGAUCCAAUGCGUCAAAAGAGCAAAAUUCCAGCACUGGCGCGCUCACCGAAAGCUGAAUCGGUAAACAGUAGAGGUGACCAAAGAUUGAAAUCCCCAAAUCCAAAACGCACUCCAACACAGAGCCCCAAGAUUAACACAAACAGCAAAGAGGAGGCAAGUCCAAAACCGCAACGAGUUGAACAAACGGUGACGGCAAGAAGUCCAAGAAUGACUGAAAGGGUCAAAACACAAGCUCUGUGUGAAUCUUCAAGCAUCCCCAAUCCUAAACCAAAUACUUCACUGCCAGCUGAACACACGACAAAGACUACAAGUAAAAUAACAGUCAGCCUUAAAAUGCAACCAAACAAGAAAGAGGAUGUUGGAAAAGAAGUAAGCUUUGAGUCACCAAAGAUGCUCCACCUUCCUGUGAGCCCAAAAGUCCAAACUCAGAAAGGAGACUCAAAUGUCAUUAGUCCAAAACUAGCCAGUCGAACUCCAACAAUGACAACAAAAAUUCCCAAAUCAGACCCAGGACUUUCUAAGUCAAAUGAGCAAAUCAGACAUGAUGCAAAAUCCCCCAGUUCUCAGACACCCCCUCUGGGACCAAAAUCACAUAACCAAAAGGCUGAAACACCUUUACUCAAUGCCAAGAUCCUGCACCCAAGUUCUCUAAAUCCUAAACCAUCCACACAGAGGAGAGCUGCAACUGCUGAGCCUGCAAAUAUCAAGACACAAAGGGCAGAGGAGAACCUUGACAGUAAAGACUCAAGUGGUGCUUCUGGAUCACAAACCGGCUCCAAAUCCAAGGAUAGUCUUGAUCCUAAAUCUGCCUGUAUUUUAAAAGCAAGUCCAAAUACCAGGAGAGCAAUGGGAUCCAAAGAUAGCCUGGAUUCCAAAAGUGGUUCUACUUCCAAAACCAGCUUGGGAUCAAAGGACAGCUUAGACUCUAAAACUGGUUCAAAUUCCAAAGCUAGUCCCAGCUCUACAUCUGGGAUGGGAUCCAGGAAUAGUCUCAACUCGAAAGUCCCAGUGGAUUUAAAGGCAGAGACAACCAAUCAAAUUUUAAAAACAAGCACAAGCUUUAAGUCUGUUUUAGGACAGAGCAAUGGCAAGGAUCUGAAAACCCAGACUUCUUUGGCUGCUAAAGCCAGUUCUAAUCUCAGUCCUAUGAGUUUGAAACCUUGUCCUGAUUUGAAAAUUAGCUCUGAUUCUGAUGUCAUCUCCAGUUCAAAACCAAGUCCAACUGGUUCAACUACUAAGUCUUCUGGUUUCAAGAUAGAUCUUGGUGGAUCUGUCUCCCCAUCAGUAUCUAGAACUGGUGCAUCUGGCACGAAAGACAAAAACCUCAAGGCUGCAAGCUCUAGUGCCAAACCCACCCAAGAUCCCAAAGAUGCUUUAGGUAUCUCCAAGACAGCGCCAGUUCGGACUAGUUCAAACUCAGCUCUCGCAGACUUGUCUUCCUCUUUGACACUCUCACCAAAACCAAGCUCAGCAAAUAGAAGCCCUGGAUGUGGUCCUAGCAGAAGUCUUGGGACCAGUCCGGUGAUACCAAAUAGAGAGGUCCAGAGGAAUGCUGGUUCUCCUUCAGGUAAGUACAUCCAUAGAAUAUAAUCUUUUUGAUGAAAUGAUAUUGACUUCAAGUCUGCUUACCCCGUAGUGAAGUACUACUAACACCAAAUACUUAAGGAUUAUCUAAUUUAAGUCUUAAUAUACUUAAGUCCGAGUUUCUCGUCUAUGUUUUGAGAGGCAUUUUCUUACACUGUCGUCUUGUUUGCAGCUUCAGGUCUGCUGACUCCUCAAGGCACCUCCAGUCCCAAAACCAGAACCACUUUUUCCUUGACAAUGAAGGGGGGAUCCACACAAGAGCCUGCAGCAGUUGGAUCUGCCGGAGUGGAACCGAACUCCAGCAGCAGCUCACCUAAUAUGACCAGUCUAAGUCGUGGUCUGAAUUUUGACUCCAUCACCAAGCCACCGGUAAAACCAAGUGUUGUUGCUGAAGAACCAAAUUUGAAAGUUCCUGAGACCAAAGUGACAGCUGUACCUGUGGUGUCCCAGGAUGUUGUGCAAGCUGUUAAUGUGGCUGCCAAUGCAGAGAGUUUGCAAAGUACUCCACUGAGCAAACCAAGUCACCUGGGAAUCUCAAAUGCCAUCACAGCUGGUAGCAAUGUCCCAACACCCAGGGCAGCAAGUGUGGAGAGUAAGAAAGAGGAGAAAAAGAGGGAUAAAAAUAAAGAUGUUAAAGGGAGCUCUUCUCUCUCUCCUUCAUCUCCUCUUUGUCCUCUUCCUAAAACACCCACCCAAAAACGAUCCAAGAAGGUAACUGAGACAGCAACCAUGACUGACCCCAGCGACAGGAAGGUCGGGGAGAGUAAAGAGGUUGGAAUCCAAGUGGAGUUGGCCCCAAUUUCUUCUUUGAUCGGCUCUCCCAGCUGUCAGUCAGGAAGUUUGACCUCGCCAACAGUCCCAUCACUAUGCUGCAUCCCUGCUGGUCAGCCACCCUUCCAGCACGUCUGCAAGAUUGACAUUGAGCUGUGCAGCCAAACUGUGAUUCCUUCAAUUGUUACUGAAAAGGCCAGUUCCCUCCCAGCCUGUCUGCGUACGUACAGCUUCCAGCAGAGCCCCACCCUGAUGUCACAGUUGAAACUUGAACAGAAUCAAGACAAGGACAUAAGUGCAGAGAGCAUCUGGGAGGAAGAGGAUGAGGAUCCUAUAGAAGUCCACAAAAUAGCAAAGAAGCCAAAUGAGGAGGACAACAAGGAGAAGCAAAAGACAAUGAAACCACAUGAUGUGGCGUGGGAUAAAGAGGGGAUGACAUGGGAGGUCUACGGUGCCUCGCUGGACCUGGAGUCUCUGGGCACAGCAAUCCAGUCCCAUCUGGAGUCCAAAAUUCGGGAGCAAGAGAGACACAUCACAACUCUGAGAAAAUCCAUCUGCUCCACAAACAGCCUCAAAGGGUACAGGCUGAAGAAGAGGCAGAAGAAGAAGAAGAAGAGAGGAGGGAUUCUCGGUUGCUGCAGGAAGGCACCUGCAGUGUCAGACUGA